ACUGGAGACGCAGGCAGACGCGCGCACGUUUACGCAUACACGUAUCCAUCACCAAGUGCAUCCCUCGUUGAUUUCACUUUAAAGGAAGCCGCACAUACACAAUCAAAGGCAUCUCACUGUUUGAUUCUCCGAUAAAAACACAGAGAAACGAAAAAUUAAGCGGAAUAAAAGCACAAAAGCUUUUCAUCUUCUGGUUGAUUUGGAUGCGCUCAGACUGAGAUCCAUUAACAAUCAAACCAUCAGGCAUUAAAACAGAUCUGAAGCGCUUGUCAUGGAUUCACAAUUUUUGACAAACAAUGAUUUUUUUUAAGAUGCUGGAGUGAUUAUGAACAUGUAAACACAAUGAAGUUGAAGUUUUUGCAUAGCACAUCAGUCUGGAUGCGACGCGUGUGCCCGGAGGACGCUGGAGAGGUAUCUAUCAUGAUCAGUACCCAACCUGAGGGCUAGUAGUUUCUAAAGAAGCAUUGACUUCAAGCCUGAUUUAAGCAUCUCACCAUUUAAUGCCAACAAUGGCCCUGACCUGCCUUUGUGAGCCCGUAAAUGGAUCAGAGCAGGACUUUAUAUUCUGCAACAGCACCACAUUUAACAUCAGUGGAAAUGAGAGUGGACGCUGUCACCUUCAGACCCUGGAUGAACUUCUGUUUAGGCUCCUGGGCCCUAGACGAUCUCCAUUCUUUUAUCCCGUAACCUUCGCGUACAUUUUCAUUUUCAUCACGGGGGUCGUUGGGAACCUCCUGACCUGCACCGUAAUCCUUAAGGACAUGAAGAUGCGAACGCCCACUAACCUUUACCUUUUCAGUCUGGCUAUCUCAGACCUUCUUGUGCUUUUAUUCGGGAUGCCCCUGGAGAUCUAUGAACUGUGGCAGAACUACCCCUUCCCGUUUGCAGAAUGCAUCUGCUGCUUCAAGGUCUUCUUGUUCGAGAUGGUGUGCUUUGCAUCCGUACUCAACGUCACAGUGCUGAGCGUGGAGCGCUACAUUGCUGUGGUGCACCCGCUCAAAACCCGCUACGCCAUAACCAACAAGCACGCCCAGCGGGUUAUCUCUAGCGUUUGGGCCAUGUCGUUGUUCUGUGCCAUUCCUAACACCUCGCUCCAUGGCUUGCAGUAUUACUACCUGCCAGAGAAGGUGAUGGAGUCGGCUACUUGCAACCUGCUCAAACCUAAAUGGAUCUAUAACUUGGUGAUCCAGGUCACCACCAUACUUUUUUAUUUCGUCCCCAUGAUGGUGAUCAGCGUGUUGUAUCUGAUGAUUGGUCUGACACUGGGUAGAGGACAGAAGCAGAAGAAAGGCAAACUGGGCAGGAACCACAGCAAUGACAGCUGGAAAAUCCAUUUGGACCGCGGACUGAGAAGGCAGGUCACCAAGAUGCACUUCGUGGUGGUGUUGGUCUUUGCCAUUUGUUGGGCUCCAUUCCACAUCGAUCGACUCUUGUGGAGCUUCAUCACGAAUUGGACGGACCGCAUGCAUAACAUAUUUGAAUACGUGCACAUAAUCUCGGGCGUGCUCUUUUACCUUAGCUCCGCUGUUAACCCGAUCAUCUACAACCUGCUUUCCAGUCGCUUCCGCGAACGCUUUCGAGCGCUGGUGUGCCGCCACCUGCCAGUGCGCUCUUCUCGUAAUGAUUCUACACCAUUUCACAUCAUCAACAAAGACUCCCCCACUGAUUCCCAGCGCCCAGGCUAACCGCAGGGACACGAAGCCCACAUCCCUUUGUGAUUAUCAGCAGCGGCUGGGAAGAGAAUGAAUGAAUGCAGUGCAACAUGCAAUGCAUUACAGCUCUGCCAUUUUACUCGCUCACAGCCUUGAAUGUUUGGGGCUUCUAUUUUCAGCAAGAAGAGAAUAAACAAGAAGAAGUGAAAUCAUGUAGUGAUAUCAUUUGAACAAGUUAAGUUACAACCCCAUGUGAGGCCAGGGGACAUUUGUGUGAACUGUAAUAUUUCAUUGUACUGUAUAUUUA